AUGUCCUUCAAUCAAUCAAGGUCGGAUAAGAACGAGACGCAGUAUCGGAAAACAGGGCGAUCCGCAAGCUCUAACCAGCAGCACAGGGGAUACUCACCCGCGUACCCUAAGGGCACCGCCGCCGGCGCCGGUGGGCCCGCCCCUUCCAUCUCCUCCAACCGCAGUUUUAAGAAGAAUAAUAACAAUGCACAAGGAGGGCAAUCCAGGGGAAGUGUAACCACUGUAAAUCCUCUGGAUUCUGGUAUUGCUUCUACACAACGUGGUGGUGUACAGAAUGGAGCGCAUGUACAGCCCCAAUUGCAUGGAGGCUCUGAUGCACUGGUUGCAACCACAGCUCCCAGGACUACUGAUGCAUCAGCCCCUCAGAGAAGCACCCGAACUGUUCCAAAGGCUCCAACUUCUCAACCUGCCUCCGUGACUUCCGACACAAGAACGCCCACUACACCAGCUAAGAUCCCAGGAGAUGCUUCCCAGGGAUUUGCCUUUCAGUUUGGGUCUAUAAGUCCUGGUUUCAUGAAUGGGAUGCAGAUUCCUGCUCGAACUAGCUCAGCACCCCCAAAUUUGGAUGAGCAGAAACGUGAUCAGGCGCGCCAUGAUUCGUAUAGAACCAUGCCCUCAGUGCCAACUCCUAAUAUUCCUAAGCAGCAAUUACCAAGGAAAGAUCCAGCUUCCAUGGAUCAACCUAAUGCUUCUGAGGCUCAUCUGGUGCCCAAGGUUAAAAAGGAUGUGCAACCCUCACAUGCAACCCCUGCUAGUCAAACUCAGAAACCUUCUGCUCUACCAAUGGCUGGGAUAUCCAUGCCAAUGCCAUUUCAUCAGCAACAGGUUUCCGUGCAAUUUGGUGGCCCUAACCAGCAGAUUCAGUCUCAGGGUAUGAGUGCCAAUUCAGUUCAAAUUCCAAUGCCUAUGUCAGUACCAAUUGGUAGCAAUCAAGUACAGCAGCCGGUGUUCGUUCCAGGUCUGCAACCCCAUCCAAUGCAGCACCAGGGAAUUAUGCAUCAAGGCCCUUUUACCCCCCAAAUGGGUCCUCAGGUGCCUCAGUUAGGCAGCAUGGGGAUCAGCAUGGCGCCACAAUACCCCCAACAACAGGGUGGGAAGUUUGGUGGCCCUCGUAAAACUUCUGUCAAGAUUACACAUCCAGAUACACAUGAAGAGUUGAGGCUUGAUAAACGAACAGAUUCAUAUUCAGAUGGUGGGCCAUCUGCCCCCAGGACUCACCCUAAUGUUCCUCCUCAAUCCCAGCCUAUACAAUCAUUUGCCCCUUCCCAUCAUAGCAGCUAUUAUGCCAAUUCUUAUUCUGGUUCCCUAUUUUUUCCAGCUCCAAAUUCUCAUCCUUUAACGAGUAGUCAUAUGCCACCCAGUUCACAGGCACCAAGAUUUAGCUAUCCAGUGAGCCAGGGUCCCCAAAAUGUACCCUUCAUUAAUCCGUCAGCUCAUAAUGCCCUGCCCGUUAAUAAGGCUGGGCCCCCUAUGCACAAUGUUGUGGAUCCACCCAACGUGGAACAUGCACGUGAUAUACAUAAUGUACCUGCCGCUGUUCCAUCAGCAACUAUUCCCGUCGUAGUUAAAGCAGCUGUUGGAACUGUUGGAGAGAAGGUUGUCGACCCAGUACCAAACAGCUCCGCUGCUGUUGAAAAAGGUGAACUUCCCAAGCCUUCAAAAUCAUCUGGAGAAAUUAACCAAUCUCAUCCUCAGAGGUACUCUGAGCUUUCAACUGAUGGCUUAAUGCACAGUGACCAAUCAAUCCUCAAAUCAUUGCCAGUGACAGCAAAAGCAUCUGCAGGUAAUCCUGCUGCUGUAUUAAUUGAAAGCCAGGUAUCAAAUCCUUUGUCCUCUGCUUCAGCUGCUCCAACUGAGGAGUCUGUACCAGUUGUGACCACCACCGAGCCCAGAAGAAAGGAAACGCUUAGCCGUUCAAACUCAAUUAAAGAUCAGCUGAAGAAGCCAGGCAAGAAAGGAAAUAAUCAAGCACAGCAUCAGGUUGUUGGGCAGUCUAUCUCUACAUCAAGCACUCCCUCUCGGGCUUCAGAACAUGGUAUAUCUUCUAGUAGUGAUGUUUCUGGAACUGUAGAAGCUAAUACGACUCUUGCUCCAGUAAGUGGUGAUUCUGUGUCUGAAUCAGUGAAGGAAUUACUCUCGAAUGUUAGUGCUGCUACAGCUGAUGGUUCUGAAUCAAAGGCUGAAGCAAUUGGGGAAGGCAUCAUCCCCAUCUCUUCUGAAAUAUCUGGUGCUGGGGUUGUUGGCAGUUCUUCAGAUUCUAUUCAUCAUGGUCAACUAGACAAUUCUUUACCGCUAGUUAAACAGGGAAAACAUGACUUGGGGGGAGCAGAAAAACAGGCAGAACAAAGUUUGUCUGAAAAUUACAGACAGGAUACUAAUAGUCGUGGUAUUUCUGCAGAACCUAUCUCCAUAAAACCUCUGGAACCUGUUAAAGAAAAUGCAGAGAAUUCUAAAGGCAGUGCUGUCGCAACCUCAGAAACUGCACAAGGAGGGCAGGCCCAACAUGAGAGUUGCCAUGCAGAUUUUGACGGAAAGGAUGCCUCUUCAAGCAGAAGUGAUACCAUGGGUAGUAAAGAAGUUGCUGUUUCAAAGUGCAGCAAAUUAGACCAGCAGUAUGCUCUUGUUCAAACUACAGAACUUUCAGGUACAACUAUGACAAAUGAAGGGAUAAAUGUGGAGAAUACUGGUGGUGGUGGGGGAAGUAUUGAGAAUAUUGGUAGUGGCGGGGAUCCACUUACAGUGUCAGGCUCCAAGGACAAACCCCUUCCUGAACUGAGUAGACAGAAGAGUACUACUGCAAAAGGGAAGAAGAAAAGAAAAGAAAUUCUAUCCAAGGCAGAUGCUGCUGGUGUGACUUCUGAUCUUUAUGGGGCGUAUAAAAACCCUGAAGAAAAGAAAGGUAUUGCCUCUCCUGAAAGCAUGGAAAGCACUACUGGCAUAGUUUCAAAGGAGGUAGCUACUGAUGCUCCUCAGCAAGAUGCUGUUGGGAGAGAAGAAGAUGCACCGAGUAAAGCUGAGCCAGAUGAUUGGGAAGACGCUGCUGACAUCUCUACCCCAAAACUGGAAGCCUCAGAUAAUGGAGAACAGGUCCGGGGAGGAGGGGUGCAUUCUGACAAAGAUGGACAUGGGCAUGGGGCAAAGAAGUAUUCCAGAGAUUUUCUUUUGAAGUUUUCUAUGCAAUUUACUGAGCUUCCAGAAGGUUUUGAAAUAAUGUCUGAUGUAGCAGAGAUUUUGAAUGCCCAUAUCAAUACUUCUCCUUCUAUUGAUUAUGAUUCACUCCCUAGUCCGGGAAGAAUUAUUGACAGGCAGGGAGGGGCGAUAAGACUUGAUCGUCGUGGGAGUGGACUGAUUGAUGAUGAUAGAUGGAAUAAGGGUGGUGCUGCCAAUUUCCGAGCUGGCCAAGGAGUAAAUUUUGGUGUUUUGAGGAAUCCACGUCCAUCGACACCAGUUCAGCAGCAUGUUAGAGGGAUCCUUCCUGGGCCUACUCAGUCUGUUGGUCCUCAGGGAGGGAUGCAAAGAAAUAAUUCUGAUGCUGACAGGUGGCAGAGAGCUUCGAAUUUUCAACCAAAGGGUUUGAUGCCUUAUCCUCAUACUCCAUUACAGGUGAUGCACAAAGCUGAGAGGAAGUAUGAAGUGGGUAAAGUGAGUGAUGAAGAGCAGGCCAAGCAAAGGCAGUUAAAGGCUAUAUUAAACAAGCUAACUCCACAAAAUUUUGAAAAACUAUUUGAGCAAGUAAAAGCUGUUAAUAUCGAUAAUGCGACAACACUAACUGGUGUCAUCUCACAGAUAUUUGACAAGGCUCUUAUGGAGCCUACUUUUUGUGAGAUGUAUGCUAACUUCUGUUUUUAUCUUGCGGGAGAGUUACCUGAUUUCAGUGAAGACAAUGAAAAGAUAACUUUUAAGAGAUUGCUUUUGAACAAGUGCCAGGAGGAAUUUGAGAGAGGAGAAAGAGAGCAAGAGGAAGCCAAUAAGGCUGAUGAGGAAGGUGAGGUGAAACAGUCUGAAGAGGAAAGAGAAGAGAAAAGAAUUAAAGCGCGAAGACGAAUGUUGGGUAACAUUAGAUUAAUUGGGGAGCUAUACAAGAAAAAAAUGUUGACAGAGAGGAUUAUGCAUGAAUGCAUUAAGAAGUUGUUAGGUCAGCAACAGACUCCAGAUGAGGAAGAUAUUGAAGCUUUGUGCAAACUAAUGAGUACAAUUGGGGAGAUGAUUGAUCAUCCCAAAGCCAAGGAGCACAUGGAUGCAUAUUUUGACAGGAUGAAAAGCUUAUCGAAUAACAUGAAAUUAUCUUCUAGAGUUAGGUUCAUGUUGAAGGAUUCAAUUGACUUGAGAAAGAAUAAAUGGCAGCAGAGGAGGAAAGUUGAGGGUCCGAAAAAGAUUGAGGAACUGCACAGAGAUGCUGCACAAGAACGACAGGCACAGGCUAGUAGGCUAGGCCGUGGUCCAGGAAUGAACCCAUCAGCUAGAAGGACUCCUAUGGAUUUUAGUCCAAGAGGAUCAACUAUGUUAUCUUCACCAAAUCCCCAGAUGGGUGGUUUCCGUGGGAUGCCUGCUCAGGUCCGUGGUUAUGGUAGUCAGGAUGUCCGUGCAGAUGAAAGACAUUCUUAUGAGGGUAGGACCUUGUCAGUUCCCUUGACUCAAAGACCCCUCGGUGAUGAUUCUAUUACUUUGGGUCCCCAGGGUGGACUUGCUAGAGGAAUGUCCAUCAGAGGACCACCAUCAAUGUCAGCUGCUCCUCAGGCUGAAAUAUCUCCCAGUGUCGGAGACUCCAGGAGGAUGGCAGCUGGUUUGAAUGGUUUCAGUUCUCUUUCAGAGCGUCCAACUUACAACCCAAGGGAGGAACAUCCAAGACAUUUGCCAGAUAGAUUUGCAGGUCCAGCUGCUUAUGAUCACUCAAAUGCACCAGAGCGUAAUGUAAAUUUUGGUGGUAGGGACCCAAGGAAUUUGGAUCGUAGUUUCGAUAGAUCUCGUCCAGCUUCACCAGCCACGCGUGCACAUGCUCCUGCUUUAACACAAAAUGUUCCUCAAGAAAAGGUGUUGACUGAAGACCGUCUCAGAGAUAUGUCCUUGGCAGCAAUUAAAGAAUUUUACAGUGCCCGAGAUGAGAAAGAGGUUGUUUUAUGCAUCAAAGAGUUGAACUCACCAAGCUUCCAUCCAUCAAUGAUAUCUCUUUGGGUCACAGACUCUUUUGAGAGGAAGGACACGGAAAGAGAUCUCUUGGCAAAGCUUCUAGUGAACCUUACAAAGUCCCAUGAUGGCACUUUGAGUCAAUCCCAGCUCAUCAAAGGGUUUGAAACUGUUCUCUCCACCUUGGAGGAUGCCGUGAAUGAUGCCCCUAAGGCACCGGAGUUUCUUAGCCUCAUCUUUGCCAAAGUCAUUCUAGAAAACGUUGUUUCCUUGAAACAGAUUGGGGAAAUAAUAUAUGAAGGUGGAGAGGAGCCAGGGCAUCUUCUGGAAGUUGGGCUUGCGGGCAAUGUUCUUGGAAAUAUCCUGGAGAUUAUCAAAUUAGAGAAAGGAGAUAGUGUUUUGAAUGAGAUUCGUACGGCCUCCAACUUGCGGUUGGAGACUUUUCGGCCUCCAGAUCCUCGCAGAUCAAGGAUACUAGAAAAGUUUAUUUAG